GUGGCAUAAGCGUACAUGGGCCUCAGCCGGGCCCACGUAACCAUUUGCACUAGCACAUCGGUGGACGAGGCUACAUCAUCGAUCAGAACCCAACCUACGGUCGAGAUCAAAACCCUACCGUACACCACCUUCCUAUAUAAACUCGUUAACACUCUCCCGCCGCUGGCGGUCGUCGCCCUUUCCAUCUCCGAACCCUAUUUCGGGCCUCCUCCUAACCCCAGUCCCCGUCGCCAUCCUCGUCCGAUGGCUGCCGCAGUCCGGCCGCUCGUAACCGUGCAGCCCCUCGAGGGCGACAUGGCCACCGACGCGCCCGCCGCCGUCCCCCUCCCUGACGCCUUCAAGGUGCCGAUUCGCCCGGACGUCGUUCGCUUCGUGCACGACAACCUCUCUAAGAACAGACGUCAGCCUUACGCUGUCUCUAAGCUCGCCGGUCACCAGACCUCGGCCGAGUCCUGGGGCACUGGCCGCGCCGUCUCCCGUAUCCCCCGUGUGCCAGGCGGCGGAACCCACCGCGCUGGCCAGGGUGCCUUCGGCAACAUGUGCCGCGGCGGCCGCAUGUUCGCCCCCACCAAGACCUGGCGCCGCUGGCACCGCCGCGUGAACGUCAACAUGCGCCGCUACGCCGUCGCCUCCGCCCUCGCCGCUUCCGCUGUCCCCUCCCUUGUUCUCGCCCGCGGUCACCGCAUUGAGUCUGUCCCCGAGCUGCCCCUCGUGGUCUCUGAUUCCGCUGAGGGCGUCGAGAAGACUGCCUCAGCCAUCAAGAUUCUCAAGCAGAUCGGCGCCCUCCCAGAUGCCGAGAAGGCCAGGGACAGCCAAGGAAUCCGUCCUGGCAAGGGGAAGAUGCGGAACCGACGCUACAUCUCGCGUAAAGGCCCCCUGAUCGUCUAUGGCACCGAGGGUUCCAAGAUCGUCAAAGCCUUCCGCAACAUAGAAACCUUUUCUUUUGUGGUGGGAAGAGAUUAACGUGGAGGCUUGAACAAGUGGAAUUCUUUAGUCUCUAAAGUUUUUUUGGUGGGGGUCUGAUCACAUCGACGACAGAAAAAAUUGGUUUGAACCUAAUCACAGGGUCUUAUUCCAGUGGUAGUGCAUUCAUUGAUUGAUCACGCACUGGACCAACUAACUCACAUCUUCUACCUCAAUUUUUCUUCCCUUUGUAUUAUUGACCUCAAAAAAUCAAUAUCAUUGUUUUAUUUCAA